AAAACGGCAAAACUUGCCCCUUUCCUUCAAUUUUUUAAUUUAGUUCGUCGUGGAAAUUCAGUUUGAACAGUCGUGUAUCAUGUCUAUCGAAUAUAAACUUGGUGAUUUAGUGUGGGCAAAAAUGAAGGGUUUCAGCCCGUGGCCCGGCCGGGUAGCCGUCCCCACCCCUGAGCUGUCCAAGCCUCCGAAAAAGUCGGCGGUGCAAUGCAUCUACUUCUUCGGAACCAAUAACUAUGCUUGGAUCGAAGACAAUAACAUCAAGCCGUACCAGGAGUUCAAGGAGCAGCUCAUCAAGUCCUGCAAGACUGUUGCCUUCAAGGACGCAGUUAGCCAGAUUGAAGAGUACAUCGUCAACCCUGAGAAAUUCGGCGACAUCGACGGCCCCCAGCGCAAUGCCGAGGAAGAGUUCGACAAGCUGAAGGAGGACAUCGAGAGCGAGGAGCAAGACUCGCAGCCCGAGGAGCCCGAGCCCGAGGUCAAGAAGAAGACCGCCACUCCCAAGAUACGUUUGGGUUCAAAGGUGAAGCCAAUCAAGCGGGCCUCCUCCGCCGGCGUCAAAGCCCCCGCCAAGAAGAAGAGCAAGAGCAGUCUGUCUCGCUCUUACACGGAUCCCGAUGUUGACGACAAGCCGUCGAUGCUGAACCAUUCCUUCUCGAAGAAGUCUAGCCUGUUGCACCGCCCGUCGAAUAUAUUGAGACCUGAAACUCCUCCUUUGGACCUGGAGAACGUCUCGGAUACGCUCCUGGAGAAGAACAUCAAAGCCAGCCAGAUGAAGUUCGGGUUCCUGGGGCUCGGCAUCAUGGGCAGCGGCAUCGUCAAGAACCUGCUCAACUCCGGCCACAAGGUCGUCGUGUGGAACCGGACUGCGGCCAAGUGCAAGGACUUCGAGAAAGUAGGAGCCACAGUAGCGGUGACACCGUGCGACGUGGUCGAAGAGGCUGACAUCACCUUCUCCUGUGUGGCGGACCCACAGGCAGCUAAAGAGAUGGUCUUCGGCAAUUGCGGCGUCCUCCACUGCCCAUCGCUCGAAGGCAAGGGCUACGUAGAAAUGACCAGCGUGGAUGCCGACACCAGCCACGAUAUCGUCGAAGCUGUGGGAGGAAAAGGUGGUCGUUAUUUGGAAGCACAGAUCCAAGGCUCAAAAACCCAAGCAGAAGAGGGCACACUGAUCGUGCUAGCGGCGGGCGACCGGUCGCUGUUCGACGACUGCCAGUCGUGCUUCAAGGCCAUGAGCAAGAACUCCUUCUACCUCGGCGACAUCGGCAACGCUUCCAAGAUGAACUCCGUACUACAAGUCGUGGGCGGAGUGUCGCUGGCGGCGCUGGCGGAGGGCCUGGCCUUAGCGGACCGCGCCGGCCUCAACCAGGCGGAUCUGCUCGAUGUGUUAGCGCUCACCCCGCUGGCUAGUCCACAUCUCAUCCUCAAGGGCAGAGCAAUGAUCGAAUCGUCGUACUCGACGCACCAGCCGCUGUCGCACAUGCAGAAGGACCUGAAGCUGGCGCUCGCGCUGGGCGAGCUCGAGCAGUCGCUGCCGCUGUCCGCCACCACCAACGAGAUCUUCAAGCACGCCAAGCGCCUCGGCUACGCCAACCACGACGUGGCUGCCGUGUAUAUCCGCGCGCGCUUCUAGCCCGACAAGGACGGAGACGUACACUAAACAAAUACCACUUUUGACGAUGCAAUACUAAAUGUGAAAAAUAAUGUCAAAAAUCCACUACUAAACAGACUCGGUCACCUGCAAUGAGAUACUCGAGUACUCCAAGCGUAUUUACUACGCUAAGCAUGAUGUUGUCGCUGUGUAUAUACGGUGCGCGCUUCUAGUCGGCUACAUCGUCAACUGAGAUGCGAUUCUAGACGUCGACUAAACAAAUAUAAUUUAUCACUAGACAAUUGCAAUCUUUAUAUCAUUUCUAAAAAUGACAUUUAGCCGAUCAUCGAUAAACAGAACGAGUAUCGGUCAACUCGAACGAGAUAAUGCAAACACGCCAAAGGUCUCGGCUACACUAACUACGCUGUGUAUUUUGCGCGAUUCGAGCCCAACACAGGAAAUUAACGAUGUGACUCUAGCUGGAGACUAAACAAAUCCACUCAAAUAUCUUCCGAUGAUGAUGCAAUCCGCUCCUAGAGUGAACCGGCCCCUACAGAACUAGACGUAGACAAAAAGGCUAUCCGUAAAGCAUGAUAGAUACCGGUAGCUUGUGUCGUUUCCAACAAUGAUAUAAUUGACUCAAUCUCCGACAUAUAGAAGGACAUAAAUCGCUGUCUCUCAGAUCUUCGAUCACGCCUAGCAUUUGAAAAAACCGACGCGUGUACUAUUAACGGUAAGGGCAGGGGCGGCUCACUCCGGCUCCACCGCCGCGCUACGAGCACAUGCCGGCGGUCUAUCGGCGACGACCUUCGCGCGGCGCAUUCUAAUUCAAUGUCGGCUGCUCGCGUACGGUCCUUUUGUUGAUGUAGGCAAGAAUUUGGAAUGGCGGCAUUUUGUGAACAUCGAAGGAGUGAACCUUCUGUACUUGUACUAUUAUAUUUUCCGUGGUGAGGGCUAGACGUGAUCGCUCGUAUCGACUAGGGGGCCGAUUUUUGAGUCUCACUGUCACUAAAAUACCGAUUGAAAACGGUGAAUCGCCUAUUAUUUUCAGUGACAAUUUUCUGAAUUCGAACGCGUUAGACUCAAAAAUCGGCCCCUAGGCCUCAUGAUUUCCUCUUGUAAAUAUGUAAAGGCCGCUGCCGAAAGUAUUAGGAACAAAAUAUCAAAAUCGACUGCGUUUAUCAUUACUUUUAGUUACAUGAGAUAUAAAUGUUGUUAUUUCUACAUAAACAGCAUUCAUUUUUUUAUGAAUGUUCAAUAUGUUUUAAAUUUAAGUCGAGCACUCGAAUUUAACAUUAGUAUUUCGAAAAGAUGAUUAUAAAAAUAUUAAUGAUUCGAUUAUUUUAAAGUUUAAGUGUGACUCGCAAUAAAAUCCAGAAUGACUGCUCAUGAACCUGUGACAAUCUAUAAAGUGGUGUACGGUCGAACAAUCUUUGAAAUUAUGUAGCGUGCAUCCAGUAUCAAUAAUAUAGGUUAGUCCAAUGUCACGUGUGUGGCCUUAGUGUACAGAAGUGUGGGUAACAGCCAUUUCCAAAAUUGUACCUCCUACUUUCGAAUUAUUUUCAUACUAAGCUCUUCAUUUUCUUGGUUUAUUCGGUUAUGUUUUCUAUGACCGUAAGAAAUAGAGAAACAAAAUAAAUAAAUGUAUGAAUUUUUUCUAAUCUAAAUUGGAAGUUGGAGGUACAACUUACAGAAAUGCCGUAAAAUCAAUUCAAGUACAUUGUAUUCUCAACUUAGUUACUUCAUUUUAUAAGUUUUAAAUAUUUUGACUGUAUGAAAUAGAAGAUUGCAUUUAAUAUCGUAAAUCCUUAGUAAUAAAACCUAAGGGUUGUGAUUUAUAAGGACAUUUGAACCAUACAAAUAAAUUUUAUUAAUAUAGGUACUAACCCUUAUAUUUUUCGAUACGAACAGCAAAUUUAAUUCUGUAAGUUACGUUUUACAUAAUUGUUCAAUAUUUGUAUAUUGUUGAUGAGAGAAAAUCUGUACCAUAUGUAUUCUAUUCAUGUAUAUUAGUGUGUGGCGUGUUCCUAAAAAAGGGUCCACAGCGUCUUCUGUAGAUAAAGUCGACUUAUUUGGUUUUUGAUAAUAGCACAUUGACUACCGACUGGGCCCUUUUGCUUGAAACCGUCACAUUGACCUUUUCCAUAUGAAGUAAUUAAGAUAUUAUUUUAGUCCAUAGCUUUUAUGACAAUGAAUUGAAUCACACUGGUGACUUCGUGUCUUGUACACUUAUUUUUAAUUUUGGUUAAGUUAAGCACUCGUUUUAAUGUUAAUAAUUAUAUGUCCAAAGUAAACAAUAUAUUUGUA